UUAGACUCGUAGAAAGCAUACCAAUCGACAACAAUGGCAUUUAGGAUUGUUGCAACUUUUGCUUGUUUGCUUGCCUUCACCAACGCCAGUGCAAUCUUCGACCAUCACGAUGAUGGGCAAUGGUAUGGAGAAGGACUUCUUGAAAGUCAAGAUCAUGAAGCUCAACAUGGAGCUUACGGCGCUUUUGCCCACGAAGCCCAUGAUGAUGAUGGACAAUGGCACGGAGAAGGACUAAUAGAGAGUCAGGACCAUGAAGCUCAUGAUGAUGGUCACGCCAUUGCUCAUGCUGUUCAUCAUGCAGUUCCCCACCUUGUAGCGUAUCCUCAUCCUGUACCAUUACCCGUUCCGCAUCCAGUUCCAGUACCUGUACCAGUUGCUCAUCACGUUCCCGUGUCAGUUGUUCACCACACCCCCGUACCAGUACAUCAUGCAGUUCAUGUACCAGUUGUUCAUGUAGAUCAUCAUGAUCAUCAUGGAUUCGCUGCAUCAGUUGCUGGACCUUCUGGACAUGUUCAUACCCAUGCUUAAGAUAUAAACUGACAGACAUAACUUGUCGACUGUGAUUGU